UUAAUAAACAACAGCUGAUGUGAUGCAUCCAACAGUAAGUAGAUCAGAACCUGAUCUUUUGCUUGCUCAUCUCCCCCAACAUAUAGGUGUAGUCAAAGCUAAAUUAAUCAACAAUUAAUUAAACCGGUUGCUCACGUGUAUAAAUAGAUAGCUAGACAGAUAGCAGCUAACUCGAGCAACAAGGUCGUAGCCAUGACGAACGGGUACCUGUUCCGGGAGUACAUCGGCGCGCAGUUCACCGGAGUCCGCUUCUCCGACGUGCCCAUCAACCCAAACCUCAGCUUCAACUUCAUCCUCUCCUUCGCCAUCGACUACACGAGCCCGGCCGGCGGCGCCACGCCGGCGCCGACCAACGGCGUGUUCUCGCCGUACUGGGACACGGCCAACCUGUCCCCGGCCGACGUCGCCGCCGUCAAGGCGGCGCACCCCAACGUCAGCGUCAUGGUCGGCCUCGGCGGCGACAGCGUGCAGGACACCGCCAAGGUCUUCUUCUCCCCGACCUCCGUCGACUCGUGGGUGGCCAACGCCGUCGCCUCCGUCUCCGGCAUCAUCGACGCCUACGGCCUCGACGGCGUCGACGUCGACUACGAGCACUUCAACGACGACGGCGGCGCCGGCGUCGACACGUUCGUGGAGUGCAUCGGCCGCCUCCUCACCGAGCUCAAGGCGCGGCACCCGAACAUCACCACCUCCAUCGCGCCGUUCGAGGACGCCGUGGUGCAGCGCUACUACCAGCCGCUGUGGCGGCGCUACGCCGGCGUGAUCGACCUCGUCAACUUCCAGUUCUACGGCUACGGCGACAACACCGACGUGCCGACGUACGUGAUGUUCUACGACGAGCAGGCGGCGAACUACCCGGGCGGCAAGGUGCUCGCCAGCUUCAAGACCGGCGACGUCGCCGGGCUGCUCUGGCCGGAGCAGGGGAUCGCCGGAGCGAAGGAGUUGCAGCGGCAGGGGAAGCUGCCGGGAUUGUUCAUCUGGUCGGCGGACAGCUCAAAGGUCAGCAGCUAUGGCUUUGAGUACGAGAUCAAGGCUCAGGAGAUCAUCGCCAACCACUGAUCGCUGAUCGGACGGUCGAGAUAUCGCUGUGGUUGGAUUUGGUAUGAAUGAAUGACUGAAUAAGCGGAUAUAUUUGCCCAGUACAGUUCUGGGCACGCAUGGUGUUCUAAUACUUAUUGCGUAUAUAUGCAGUGAGAUGGAUAUUAUAUAUAUCUACAGAAUAUAAAUAAGUUUCUUCAACAUAUAUGCUAUUUCUCCAAUCUAUGAAUUAGUGACAGACAUAUAUCUGUUUCGAGUUCA